UAAAACAAACCCAAACGUUGCAAUCACGAAACAGAACACACACACUCUCGAAAAUCAUCAUCGUUAUUGUUACAGAGAACAAACAAGAAAUCUUUGUGGGUGUGUGUUAAGGUUACAAAAGUUGAUUGCGUUGUUGAGGGUGGCGACUACAGACGAAGAAAGAGGAGGAGGGGAAGGAGGAGAAGGUGAGACGAGGAACAGUAGAAUUCACGUGUUUCUUUCGUCGAUCUUCUCUAGUCUUGGUGGUGUUUUUGGAUCUAAUCUUCAAGAAUCUGAUAAUAUUUCUGCUAUGGCUUCUAGAGCUGUCAUUGCUCCAACCGAACAAAACCAACCCAGAGGUGAGAAUAAGCAGAAGAAUAUGGGGGUUGAAGGAAGAAACAGAAAAGUACUUCAAGAUAUCCAAAAUCUUGUGAUCAACCCAGCAGAUCUUGGUGCUAAUGCUAAUGUCACCAAACGCCUCACAAGGGCUCAGUUAGCGGCUCUUGCUCAAGCCGCAGCCGAGAAGAACAAGAACUUUGUUCCUGCAACAAGGGUGGAACAAGCUCAGAAGCCUGCAGAAUCUGAAGUUAUUGUCAUCAGCUCUGAUGAAGAAUCUGAGGAAGUGAAGGAGAAACAAGCUGUUAGAGAAAGAAAAAUUAGAGAAAGAUCCACCAAGAAAAUUGUCAAGACCUUUAGUUCAGUGCUUUCAGCUAGAAGCAAGGCUGCUUGUAGAGUUGUGCCCAAGGAUUUUGUUGAGAACAUUGAUGCAUCUGAUAAGGAAAAUGAAUUGGCUGCAACUGAGUAUAUUGAUGACAUCUACAAGUAUUACAAACUUUCUGAAGAUGAUGUUCGUGUGCAUGAUUACAUGGCUUCUCAGCCAGAUAUAAAUGUUAAGAUGAGAGCAAUUCUUAUUGACUGGUUGAUUGAAGUGCAUAGGAAAUUUGAACUCAUGCCGGAAACGUUCUAUCUGACUCUCAACAUUGUUGACCGAUUCUUGUCCACAAAGGCUGUACCUAGAAAGGAACUUCAGCUUGUUGGCAUAAGCUCAAUGCUUAUUGCAUCAAAGUAUGAAGAGAUUUGGGCACCAGAGGUCAAUGAUUUUGUAUGCAUAUCAGACAAUGCAUAUGUUAGAGAACAGGUUCUGGUUAUGGAGAAAACAAUCUUGAGAAAUCUUGAAUGGUAUUUGACAGUUCCUACUCCUUAUGUCUUUCUGGUUCGGUACAUCAAAGCCUCAACCCCCUCUGACAAAGAGAUGGAAAGUAUGGUGAAUUUCCUUGCUGAACUUUCUAUGAUGCAUUAUGCUACUGUAUCCUCGUACUGCCCUUCAAUGAUUGCUGCUUCUGCUGUAUACGCGGCAAGAUCAACUCUUGAGAGGAGCCCUUUUUGGACUGAUACUCUGAAGCACUACACAGGCUACUCUGAGGAACAACUAAGGGAUUGUGCCAAACUCAUGGCGAGCUUUCAUUCUGCUGCUCCAGAGAGUAGGCUAAGGGCAAUUUACAAGAAGUUCUGUAGCUCUGAUCGUUGUGCUGUUGCUCUUAUGACUCCAGCCAAAAAUUUGUCUUCAGAAUCUUGAUUAGAUUCUAGUUUAGGGUUGUCUUUUGGAUGAUUGUAUCUACUAUAUCGGUAUACAAUGAUUUAGCUAUUGACUUUUGAAACUUAUGCCUGGUUUCAUUUAGGAGUGAUCAUUAUUAUCAUGAUCCAUUUUGCUGUUUUUUUUAAGUGUGUUACAAAGUUUGGAACAAUCUUAGAGAAUCAUGACCCUGCCUCACAGGUUGAUUCUUUUUGUAGUUAUAUGAUUGAAUGGAAUUUUAAUAUUUGCAAAUU